CAGACUAUACCGCCUGCCAGUCCUACGGCACAUCAUCACGGUGACCGAGUCGAAGGGCUACGUCUUCCAGAUGGAAAUGAUGGUGCGCGCGAAGGCUCUGGGGUACAGCGUCGGCGAGGUGCCCAUCACGUUCGUCGACCGCAUCUUCGGCGAGAGCAAGCUCGGCGCGGACGAGAUCGUGUCCUACGCGAAGGGCGUCUGGGGCCUGUUCACGGGUGUAUAACUGCGUUAUGACGUCAUUCAGCCGGAUCUGUUUUGUCAUCGUCAUCGAUACCCAAUUCAGCUAUAUAUCGCGUUCACGCCCGUUGCUUCUGUACUACUACCGUCAUCUGCACCGGCCACCACAAUGAGUUUGCUGCAAGGCGUUUUGAGAUCAUCAGCGACGAACGCGGAGCUCGACAAGAGCGUCGAUGGGCUCUGCCGUCCUGGGAACGACAAGGACACGGACUCAGACGAGGAGUGGGUGAAUGUGGUGUCUGUACCCGGAACUCCUGCUCGCACUCGCCCGCCUUCGCCAACCAGGGGAUCUCGCCCAGCAUCACGUACACCGAUUCUGACCUCCAAGAAAAGCCGCGACCCACUCAGGGUGUUCCCGACGGAGGUGUCGCAGCGGAUAUUCUCGAGGCUGAGGAUACGCGAUCUGCUGAAGUGCACGCUGGUGUGCAAGAAGUGGGCCCGAAGUCAGACGCUGAACUAUGUUUGGUACCAACACUAUCGGAAGGAGAACUACAACGACGAUAGCUUGCCGUCGGGCAAGUGGACGAAGCGCGAGUCGAAACAAAACUGGCGCCUCACAUACCUAAAAUCGGAGAACCAUGCUCCCGAAGGGACCAGCUUUACCCUAUCAUCUGGCUAUGCGUCCCCAAUGACGGGCCAGCAGACCCCGAGAGAGAUGCGCGAGGAGAAGUGGAAACAGGAGGCGGAGGUGACGCGCCCGGGCAAGUUGGAGAUGCGCGCGAAGUACAAAGAACUCGGAGGAAGGAAGGCGAGGGGAAAGGGAAAGGUCGGCGGUGGUGGGGGUAGAGACAAGGGUGGGUGGGACGCUGGGGACGACUUCUGAACGAGUCGCGUCUCCUUGCCCGCUCCAGAC